CUUUUGGGUAAAGGGUAGAACCAGCGUCCUCUUACCAUCCCAUCCCUCUUUGGGCCUGGUGCCGGUGCAUGUUGCAUAAGCAGAGGGCGGAAGUUUCCCACACCUCCCCAGAGAAGGUUAGUGGCACCUGCCCCAAGCUUCCUAACUCAGGACUUCAGUUCCCUGCAGAGGAGAACUAUGACGCAGAGCAGGCUUGGUCCCAGCUUUGGCUCUCUGCUUCUCCACGAGCUCGUGGCCUCUCCCAGCCUGGUGCUAAGCAGUGUCAUGAGUCCGGACCAGGUUGGAGAUUAAUUCUUGGGCAUGGGGGCGCUUCAGGACUUGGAAGGAGGAGUGGCAGGUCCAAGGUCACCAACAGAGUGGCAGCUGCCCAUCCUUGACAUGUCCCUCCUCCUAGUAGUCCAUGACAGAGGCAAUCAGGCACCCUGGCUGGAAAAGACAGCCGGGAAGGGGGCCUGGGCAUGCCUGGCCUGUGCCAAGCCUUGGCUUUGACUGCCGCCUCCAGCUUCCCUGGCUCCUCCUCCCAGCCCCCCCCCCCCCCGACACACACACUUAAUACUUCCGGGACCCAGGCCACCCACUGCGGACUUUGGCAUUAGCUGUAGCUAGUGUGGAAGCCUGGAAAGACUGGGAGCAAAGUCUCUCAAACGGAGCAAAAGAAGGAGCUUCAGGCACUGUACUACCUGCUCGCUUUCCCCAGAGGUAAGCAGGGGCGCGGGAGCUGGGUGCUCAGAGGGGGCUCCCCUAGUCUCACACGUGUUGAUGAGUCGAAGCCGGCAGCUUUUCAUGUGCUUCCUCACACAUGAUCGCCCUUGACCCUCCACAGCUCCCAGCUGGGCCACAGCGGGUGCUGGCCCCACUGGUAGGGUAGAAAACAGGUUCAGAGAUGCGGUGAGAAGUUUGGGGCCAACAGGACUGAAGUGCUCUUUGCCCUGUACGUGUUCCCAAAAAUAAGGCCCAGUUUACAUGUAGAGAAUUCAGAUGCCGCUGGCUUAGCAGGAGAGGUGAAAGCCAAGCAGAUUCCUCUGCUCCCGUGCCCCGGCCCCGGCUCAUCUGGCUUUAGGUGAGGUGGCCGCAGAUACAGGGUCUGCCUGGAUCUUUGCUUUGCUUAGGUGAGCCAGCGUUUGCCAGUUACCUGCCAAGCAGAUAACUUCUCAAUCUGCUCAGACCAGACUUCCAGCUAGGGAGGAUGUUAGGGACAAGGGUUUAAGAGCCAGAGUAAACUAGACAAGUUUUCCUGCCCAGCCUCGGCUGCCACCUGCCGGUCACUUGGGCUCUGGCCAUGUGGCUGCCUCUGCUGCUGGGAGUCUUGCUCUGGGCAGUGCUGUGGUCACUCAGGGACCGGCAGAGCCUGCCCGCCAGCGAUGCUUUCGUCUUCAUCACCGGCUGUGACUCAGGCUUCGGGAAGCUUCUGGCCCUGAGACUGGACCAGAGAGGCUUCCGAGUCCUGGCCAGCUGCCUGACCCCCUCAGGGGCAGAGGACCUACAGCGAGUGGCCUCCUCCCGCCUCCACACCACCCUGCUGGAUGUCACGGAUCCCCAGAGUGUCCAGCGGGCAGCCAAGUGGGUGGAAACACAUGUUGGGGAAGCAGGGCUUUUUGGUCUGGUGAAUAAUGCUGGUGUGGCCGGGAUCAUUGGGCCCACACCGUGGCUCACACAGAAUGAUUUCCAUCGGGUGCUGAAUGUGAAUACACUCGGUCCCAUCGGCAUCACCCUUGCCCUGCUGCCCCUGCUGCAGCAGGCCCGGGGCCGGGUGGUCAACAUCACCAGUGUCCUGGGUCGCCUGGCAGCCAGUGGUGGGGGCUACUGUGUCUCCAAGUUUGGCCUGGAGGCCUUCUCUGACAGCCUGAGGCGGGAUGUGGCUCAUUUUGGGGUCCGAGUCUCCAUCGUGGAGCCUGGCUUCUUCCGAACCCCUGUGACAAAUCUCAAGUGUUUGGAGGAGACACUGCAGGAGUGCUGGGCACGGCUACCUCCCGCCACACAGGCCGCCUAUGGGGACGCCUUCCUCACCAAAUACUUGGAAGUGCAGCAGCGCAUCAUGAACCUGAUCUGUGACGCAGACCUGACCAAGGUGAGCAGGUGCCUGGAGCAUGCCCUGACUGCUCGUUACCCCAGAACCCGUUACAGCCCAGGCUGGGAUGCCAAGCUGCUCUGGCUGCCAGCCUCCUACCUGCCAGCCAGCCUGGUGGAUGCUGUGCUCACCUGGGUCCUUCCCAAGCCCGCCCAGGCAGUCUGCUGAAUCCAGCCUUCCUGCAGCACAUUGUUUCUGCUCCCACCCUGGUACUGCCUGAUGCCUGGCACAAAAUAAGCACUCAAUAAAUAUGUCU